GCAAGCCGGGCAUUUCUGCGCAGCUUCUGAGCGCCUCGGAGCCCGCCAGGGAGACCACGGAACGCCAGGACCGAGAGACAGACCGACGGCUCCCGGAAGCUGCGCCGCCACCGCCAGGUUAGCAGGGCGUCGAGACCACGCAGGCUGUCGCCGCGUUUCGAGCCUCGAUUACUGGAGGACGUGCGUGGACUGAGUUGCGAGCUUCGAUUCGUAUCUUUGCGGGUACCUGGCUGAGGACGUCUUCCCCGGGGAGCCCGUGUGCAGAGGAGGGACGGUUCCAGCUUGUGUCAAGUUGACCUAAGACCAGCCAGGACAGAGGUAACCACAGGUGCAAAGGACACAGCGUGCUGGUCACCAUGACAACAGAGACAGGCCCCGAUUCUGAGGUGAAGAAGGCUCAGGAGGAGACUCCACAGCAGCCUGAGGCUGCUGCAGCUGUGACCACACCGGUGACCCCCGCAGGCCAUAGCCACCCGGAGACCAACUCCAAUGAGAAGCAUCUGCCCCAGCAGGACGCGAGGCCUGUUGAACAGAACCUAGAUAUGGAGGAUAAGGACUACUGUGAGGCCGAUGGCCUGUCGGAGAGGACCACGCCCAGUAAGGCCCAGAAGUCACCCCAGAAGAUUGCCAAGAAGUUCAAGAGUGCCAUCUGCCGAGUCACUCUGCUCGAUGCCUCCGAGUACGAGUGUGAGGUGGAGAAGCACGGCAGGGGUCAGGUGCUGUUUGACCUGGUCUGUGAGCACCUCAACCUCCUGGAGAAGGACUACUUUGGUCUGACCUUCUGUGAUGCUGACAGCCAGAAGAAUUGGCUGGACCCCUCCAAGGAAAUCAAGAAGCAGAUCCGGAGCAGCCCCUGGAAUUUUGCCUUCACAGUCAAGUUUUACCCUCCUGACCCUGCCCAGCUGACAGAAGACAUCACAAGGUAUUACCUGUGCCUGCAGCUCAGGGCAGACAUCAUCACAGGCCGGCUGCCCUGCUCCUUUGUCACGCAUGCCCUGCUGGGCUCCUAUGCCGUGCAGGCGGAGCUGGGUGACUACGAUGCAGAGGAGCACAUGGGCAACUAUGUCAGUGAGCUCCGCUUCGCCCCAAACCAGACCCGGGAGCUGGAGGAAAGGAUCAUGGAGCUGCACAAGACGUACAGGGGCAUGACCCCAGGAGAGGCGGAGAUCCACUUCCUGGAGAACGCCAAGAAGCUGUCCAUGUAUGGGGUUGAUUUGCACCAUGCUAAGGACUCUGAGGGCAUCGAUAUCAUGCUGGGUGUCUGUGCCAAUGGCCUGCUCAUCUACCGGGACCGCCUGAGAAUCAACCGUUUUGCCUGGCCCAAGAUUCUCAAGAUCUCCUACAAAAGGAGUAACUUCUACAUCAAGAUCCGGCCUGGGGAGUACGAGCAGUUUGAGAGCACCAUCGGCUUCAAGCUCCCUAACCACCGCUCAGCCAAGCGGCUGUGGAAGGUCUGCAUUGAGCACCACACGUUCUUCCGGCUGGUGUCCCCAGAGCCCCCACCCAAGGGCUUUCUGGUGAUGGGCUCCAAGUUCCGGUACAGUGGGAGGACCCAGGCACAGACCCGUCAAGCCAGUGCCCUCAUUGACCGGCCUGCACCCUUCUUUGAGCGUUCCUCCAGCAAGCGAUACACCAUGUCCCGGAGCCUUGAUGGAGCGGAGUUCUCCCGCCCUGCCUCAGUCAGUGAGAAUCAUGAUGCAGGGCCUGACGGUGACAAGCGGGAAGAAGAUGCUGAGUCAGGGGGACGGCGAUCAGAGGCUGAAGAAGGAGAGCUCAGGACCCCCACAAAGAUCAAGGAGCUGAAGCCGGAGCAGGAAACCACGCCAAGACACAAGCAGGAGUUCUUGGACAAGCCAGAGGAUGUCCUGUUGAAGCACCAGGCCAGCAUCAAUGAGCUCAAGAGGACCCUGAAGGAGCCCAACAGCAAACUGAUCCACCGGGAUCGAGAUUGGGAGCGGGAGCGCAGGCUGCCCUCGUCACCCGCCUCCCCCUCCCCCAAGGGCACCCCGGAGAAAGCCAGUGAGGCCCAGAGGACCCAAGACACUUCUCAGCAGGACUUGGUACCUGGAACAGCAGCAGGCUUGGAAGUGUUCACUCAGAAAAGCCUGGCAGCAUCUCCUGAGGGCUCAGAGCAUUGGGUAUUUAUAGAAAGAGUAUGCACUAGGCCACAAGAACUUGGCCUCCUAGCAGUGGCCCCCACACACCGGGAAGAAAGUGAGGCAGGCCUCGCUGAGAUCCUUGCUGAUGGCAGACUCUCCAAGGUAGACAUUCUGGUGGACAAGUUCAAGGUUGAAGUGGCCACAGAAGAAGCAGUAGGAGCCCGAAGAGCAAGCCCCCGUCAGCAAGGGAAGAUGACUGCAAACCCAUCUGAGACCUUGGGAGAGGACGGCGUGUGUGUCAAGGGGGGCCCCAGAGAGGCUGCCCAAGCUGCAGGCUUCACAUCAACAGACAAGCUUCUCCAGAGCUCCACGCUCACGACUAGGAGCCACCGCAUCUCAGAUGGUCAGCUAGAGAGCCAAGUAGAGCUGAGCAGGGGGCUGGAGGGGCCCCAGACUUGGGGAAGACCUCCAGCUAUAGGGGUUGGGCCAGUGUGGGGAGAAGUUUUUUCUCCUGCAUCAGACAAGGGAGGACUCCAGUCCUUCUUGUUGGAUCCAGCCCAGGCAGAAGCCAGAGCUGACUCAAGCGAUGAGACUGACACCUCCUUCGCAGAGAGGAGCUUCUAUCUAAACUAUGGAGAGAAAGAAGACCAAGCUCUCUUCCUACCCUCAGAGGACAGAGAAGGGCACCUGGAUGCUCCUCCUGGAGAUGGGACCUGGAUGGCAUUGGCAGGGGAGCACCCAGAGCACUGGGAGCUGGAACUCUCAGCCCCCAGGGGUUCUGCCCCAGGUUCCAGCCGGAAUAAAGAUGAAACCCAUAUGGUUUCCUCAGAGGAAGAAGCCUGGUCUCCCAGGGACCAUGGGAGGCCUGAUGACCUGCAGAGAGCUGCUGUGGGGCAGACUUUUGACGAGGGCUGGGGAGGAGAGCUGACCUACCCAUUGGCUGGGGUAGCUGGAGAUGAGGAGGCCCCCAUGAGCGCAGAUUGGAUGGGAGAGACUGAGAAAAGUUCUCCUGCAAGAAGGAAGAAGCAUCCCCCUGGAGGAGGAGGGGUGCACCUAGAUGCUCAGGCCUGUGCCCUUCUGAGGACCAUCCCUCCUCACGUUAGGAAGCCAGUCAGGCCAGACCAAAGCAGCUCUCUGCCCAAAGAGAAGAAGGCAGUUUCCACUCAGGCUGUAGAACCCAAGACAGAGGGCGGAGAGGCAGUCAUCCCGCUGCCAGCCUCUUCCGGUCAUGUCGAGGUUCUGGCAGCUGUGGAGGGCACUUCUCAAAGUCCAGUCUCUCCUGAGUCAGAGAAGACUUUGCUGUUUGGGGAUCCCUUGGGAGAUCAGUUCCCUGUAGUUCUCAGACACUCCCAUCUUCCUGGAGAGAGUCCCGUGCCCAAGGACACACGGGGUUCACGCAAAGCACCUCCGGUUACCAGCAAGAAGCCCAGAGUUGUCCCUGAAGGAACCGAGGGACCUGCAUUCCUGGGGUUUGUGGUCCCUUCAGGAAAGCAAAAAGAGACUUUGCUCCAGGCUGGGGACCAAGGGGGUUCCCAGGAAGAUAUUAGCAAGACCUCAGUGGCUAACAAGAUUCGGAUAUUUGAGACCCAUGGAGUGGAAAUUUGCCGAGCCAGUCAGGGUGAAAUGAGGGCCCUUCCUCACGAGCUGCCUCCAGGGGCCUCACCAGGGCAGGUAGAACAUCAGCGAAAUAGGCUUCUAGACUUGGGCUUUGUCCAACUCCAGCCCCCUGGGGAUUUGGCCAGCCCCAGAGUUACACAUUCUUCUGCCAUGCCUCUGGCUGCCCAGCACCACGGGGAGGGCACCUCUGCUACCUCCCACCAGGAAAGAUGCACAGAACCAGAGCUCAUGUCCCCUGAUUCAGGCUGUGAAACCACGCUGGAGGAAGCUACUGGGAACAAGUCCGGAGAUGCGGGCAGGGAAGAGAAGAGCUUCUUCAGCCGCUUAGCACCAAACCCCCCUGGGAAGGGGGGGCGCCUGAGAUUCGCCAGCCCUCCGGGCCCUCAGAGAGCAGGGCUGAGGGAGGGCUCGGAGGAGAAAGUCAAACCACCACGUCCUCGUGCCCCAGAGAGUGACACAGGAGAUGAGGACCAGGACCAGGAGAGGGAUGCGGUAUUCUUAAAGGACAACCACCUGGCCAUCGAGCGCAAGUGCUCCAGCAUAACGGUCAGCUCCACAUCCAGCCUGGAGGCUGAGGUGGACUUCACAGUUAUCGGCGACUACCACGGCAGCGCCUUCGAAGACUUCUCCCGAAGCCUCCCUGAGCUCGACCGCGAUAAGAGCGACUCUGAGACCGAAGGCCUGGUGUUUUCCCGGGAUCUCAAGGGGCCCUCCAGCCAAGAGGAUGAGUCUGGGGGCAUCGAGGACAGCCCGGAUCGGGGGGCCUGCUCCACCCCAGAAAUGCCCCAGUUUGAGUCCGUGAAAGCAGAAACCAUGACCGUCAGCAGUCUGGCAAUCAGAAAGAAGAUUGAGCCAGAGGCCAUGCUGCAGAGCAGAGUCUCCACUGCAGACAGCACCCAGGCUGAUGGGGGUGCCCCAGUGGGAAAAGACUUCAUGACGACUCCCCCCUGCAUCACCACAGAGACCAUCUCCACCACCAUGGAGAACAGUCUCAAGUCCGGGAAGGGGGCAGCUGCCAUGAUCCCAGGCCCACAGACGGUGGCCACGGAAAUCCGUUCUCUUUCACCGAUCAUCGGGAAAGAUGUCCUCACCAGCACCUACGGCGCCACUGCGGAAACCCUCUCAACCUCCACCACCACCCAUGUCACCAAAACUGUGAAGGGAGGGUUUUCUGAGACAAGGAUCGAGAAGCGAAUCAUCAUUACCGGGGAUGAAGAUGUCGAUCAAGAUCAGGCCCUGGCUUUGGCCAUCAAGGAAGCCAAGCUACAGCAUCCAGACAUGCUGGUAACCAAAGCUGUUGUCUACAGAGAAACAGACCCAUCCCCGGAGGAGAGGGACAAGAAGCCACAGGUGUUAAAUAGUACAGUGCUGGGACAUAUUGGGCUUCUCACAGCCUAUACUGGGGAGGAUUCUUCUGCCUCUCUGGAAGCUUGCUGAAUUUUAUCAACAUAGAAGACGAAAAUAUCACUGACAUGGGAAGUACCUAUUGUGCUAUUUCAUUUACUGGAAGUAAAUAGCAGGCAAAAUUUUUAUUCUGUUGAGAAUAAAAGUAGAAUACUACUACCUCUAGAAUGUGCCAAUGAAGAACUAUAAAGACUUUGUAGGGAAUGGUUCCAACUGGGUGAGCUACAUGAAGAUAUACAUAGAUAAAAUUUUUAGGGCUGGGGGUUUAGCCUAACAAUAGAGCAGAUGUGUAGCAUGAGUGGGGCACCAGGAUCUAUCCUCCCUGCCCCCCCUACAAGAAAAGUCAAGUUCUUAUUGCUCUUAGGUCUGUGCACUGUAUACAGCUCAUAUAUUACACCGCAAUGGGAAACGCCCACCUCAAAGGCCCCCAAGCAGCAGCUGGUCACUGCCCUUUCCUUGAGUCAGUACAAGAAUCCUCUUCCUUUGAGAGCCGACUUUUGAGAGAGAGAAGGCCUGAAACAUUUUCCUGACAUUUGAAAAAAUGCUAACCAGGGUCUAGACCAGUCUCAUCCAAAAGAACUUCUGUAAUGGUGGCAGUGUUGUUCUAUGUGGUCCAUCAUGAUGAUCACUGUCAAAUGUGACUAUUGAGCACUUGAAAUGGCUCAUCCAAGAUGAGAUGUGCUUUAAGGGUAAGUGCAUAUAGGAUUUUGAAGAUUUAGUAUGAAAAAGAAGUCAGCAAAUUUUAAUACUUAUGAAAUGAAAAGGAAUAUGUUGAGUUAAGUAAUAUGAUCGAUAAGGGUUUUGCUUCAUUUGUUUUUGUUGGAGGCAGGAUCUCAUAUAGCCUAGGUUGCCCUUGAAUUUACUUUAUAGCCAAGAAUGACCUUGAUCUCCUAAUUCUUUUGCCUGUACAUCUCUAGUGUUGGGAUUACAGACACCACCACUCCCGGUGUUAUGCUGUGCCAAAAACCAAGGUAUUUGCACACUAGGCAAGCAUUCUACUAACUUAGCUGCAUUCCCAGGCCCUUUUGCUUUUUAAGGCAAUGGAGAUCAAUCCCUAGGACUUGGCACAUACUAGCAAAUAGUCUACUACACCCCCAGGUCCCCAAAUAUUAUCAAAAAUGAAUUUCACAUUGUUGUGAAGAGACACCGUGACCAAGGCAACUCUUAUAAAACCAAGUAUUUAAUUGAGUCUGGCUUACAGUUUCAGAGGUUCAGUCCCUCAUUAUCAUGGUGGGAAGCAUGGUAGCAUGCAGGCAGGCAUGGUGCUGGAGAUUUAGUUGAGAGCUACAUCCUGAUCCACAGGCAGCAGGCAGGGGGGAGGGGGAGACAAGAGACUGAGCCCAGGCCCACUAUGGGCUUUUGAAACCUCAAAUCCUACCUUCAGUGACACACUUCCAGCAAGGCCACACCUACUCCAACAAAUCCAUACCUCCUAAUCCUUUUAAUGUUUUCAAAUAGUUCCACCCUCCCACCCACCCCCCACCCCCAGGGACUAAGAAUUCAAAUAUAUUGGGGGGGAGGUAUGGAGGUCAUUCCUAUUUAAGCCAUCACACAUGUUUGUUUUUUAUUACAUUAAAAUUUAGAAUUUAAGUGUUGGGGAAAUAGUGUAGUUUGCAUAGUAUUUGCCAUGCAAUUAUAGGACCUGAGUUUGAGCCCCAGAACUCACUUUUAGAAAGCUGGCAUUACAGUGCCAGGGAGGCAGGGACAAGGCAGGUGCCUGGGGUCUGCUGGCCUGCCUGUUUGGCUUCGGUGAGCUCCAGGCUGGGAAGAGACUCUACCUGACACAAACAGAGACAAGCCAAUGUAGACAGAUAAGCCACAGCACCCAAAGUUGACCUCUGGCUUAAACAUGCACAUGCAUUCAUGUGUACCUCACACGCAGAUAUGCACACACAUGCACAAAACAUACAUAUACAUGCAUUAAGAAUUUAAAUUUUGAAAAUUAAAACUUCCUAUUUAUCUAGAAAAAUUUAGAAAAGUAGAAAUAUCUAAGAUUUUUGUUUUUGUUUGUUUGUUUGGUUGGUUUGGUUUGGUUUUUUGAGACAGGGUUUCUCUGUGUAGCUCUGGCUGUCCUGGAACUAACUUUGUAGACCAGGCUAGCCUGCCCCUGCCUCCUGAGUGCAGGUAUUAAAGGUGUGCACUACCACCACCCAGCUGAAAUACGUAAGAAUUUUAAUAUUGAUAUCUAGAAAACUAUUUACGAGGGAAGUAAAUCCCACACAAGGCUCACAUUCUAUUUCCAUAGUAUAUUCUGACCUAGAAGGAGAGCAAGUUAGUCAUGGUAAAACAUUCCUGUCAUUUCACUCAGACUUCAGAUUGCUGUCAUCCCAGUGCCUUCAGUCAUCUGAUUCUUCUCCGUGAUAUUAGUGUGGUGGAGGGUAGGUUACGUGUCAUGUUAGUGCAGAGUUGAUGACAUCCCCUGGGGAAGCUGCCUGAGAAGCCUUGUGAUAGUCUGAUCUGGAUCAGCUGAGCGGGACCUGGAACCUCUACUGCCUGAGAAUUACUAUUUAUUUAUACACUGGUCCUUAUGAAGUCCCUGUGUAGCUCGAUAUAGAAGCCAUGGUGCUAGGAGCUCUGUACUGAUGGGGUUCUGGAGGCCUAGCUCUGUAGCCAUUCUGCUGACCAAUGGAUCAGUCUCCUCUGUUAGGGGGACUCAGUGUCCCUCUGACUGUGUGCUUUCCUGGGUGUCUGAGUCCCUCUGACUGUGCUUUCCUGGGUGUCUGAGUCCCUCUGACUGUGUGCUUUCCUGGGUGUCUGAGUCCCUCUGACUGUGUGCUUUCCUGGGUGUCUGAGUCCCUCUGACUGUGUGCUUUCCUGGGUGUCUGAGUCCCUCUGACUGUGUGCUUUCCUGGGUGUCUGAGUCCCUCUGACUGUGUGCUUUCCAUUAACCUUCUAGACAUCAUUUUUCUUCUCAUCAAAUGACCCAAGAAGGACUCUUUUAUGACACUUUGAUUAUACUUGAUCCUAUGUGGUGACAAGAGUCAGUAAUGCUGUUCAUGUGCAAAUGAUUUUGAGUAGUUGCCAAUAGUGAAGGUAGGUAAAUGGUAGCCCUUGCUGUUGGCAAGAUGGGGGAAAGGGCUAUGAUGAAGCGAGUGUAGCAACAAGGCAUUUACUUAUUCAGUAUUCCUAUAUGCUAGGCUCCCUCUAUGGUGGCUCCUACCUGUGAAAGGCAGGUCCCAUUUAUAGAGAAAUUGGUGAAGGUUUAGAGAGGUUGAGACACAUGCCCACAGUUACAAAGCAGACAGGCCGGAGGGUGGAUUUUGAACUCAGGAUGUAUGACUGCAGAGUUAACACUCUUAAACUCUAGUUCUAUAGGUAGCCCUUAGUUGGCACCAGACCCUGGUUUUUUUCUUUAAGCACUGUUGUCUGGUGUUUAAUCUCCAGGCCACAGCAGGUCCAUGGGAGAGUAGAAGACCUGUAGCCAGGACAAAACAGCGCAGAACUGAGAAGAGCAAAGGAGAAAAGUAAAAUGACGGUGGCUGGAGCGUGUCCACAUUAAAGGACCAUGGAAAAGAUUUUCAGGGCAAAGUGCAAGGCAUUGCCUCCUCAGGAACAAGCAGGCAAACACGUGGAGUCUGCAGUUAGGUUCAUUUGUGUCAUUUCUUAGCUGUCACGAGUAAGCUGUGUGGCCUUGGAUAAGUCACCCUUUCUCUCUGGGCCACCAUACAGGGUAAAACGUAGCUAGAACUGCUUGCCCAUUGUUUAAAGGUGAGUGCCUAAAGUAACUAAUUUCCCUUCUCUUCCUUCCUUUGAACCCACCACCCCAUUCUCCUGUCGCUGGCACCCAGGAAUCCUGACCUCCGUGAAGAGAUGCUGGCGUGUCUGGUCCAACCCAAGC